AUGUUUCAAGCACCACCACCGAUGCCACCACCUUCUUUACAAGGUACUCAACAGCCGCCUCAAUCUCAUCAACCUCAGCAACCUCAGCCUCAGCAAACUCAGCAGCCUCAACAUCAGCCAGCAAAGAUUGGCAAGUACGUCGGAGGCAGUCAGCCCUUUCCUUCGAGUAUCAAAGCUGAAAACGCCUCUUCCUCAUCAACUGCAACCAAAGUGGAGGUGAAGGAAGAGGAAAAACCUCAUCCAGCCACGAGCACCACUGUUCACUCAAACCAGCAGCAACCUGAAAUAAAAAACGAAAAGACCCAAAGUCAAGGCGUCAAGGGUGAGGGCCAAAGUGGACAGCAACUGACUACCACUAGCAUCCUCACCGAAGACCCCAACUCUACCGCUUCCUCUUCAGUUGCCCCUGCAGCCGAGAACUCCCAUCGAAGUGGCACUCCGCUCGAAGCCUCAGUGGACAGCGGCAGCAGCUCAGCUGAAAACUCCUCCUCAUCAAUUGCAACCAAAGUGGAGGUGAAGGAAGAGGAAAAACCUCAUCCAACCACAAACACCACUGCUCACUCGAACCAGCAGCAACCUGAAAUAAAAAAUGAAAAGACCCAAAGUCAAGGCGUCAAGGGUGAAGGGCAAAGUCAACAAUUGACCUCUACCAUCACCACCAGCAGCAUCCUCACCGAAGACACCAACUCCACCUCUUCCUCUUCAGUUGCCCUUGCAGCCGAGAACUCCCAUCGAAGUGGUACUCCACUCGAAGCCUCAGUGGACAGCGGCAGCAGCUCAGGUGAUUUGCUGGUGGUGGGAUCUAUUGGUGGCGGGGGUGACGGUGGUGAAAGUGGUGACGGUGGUGAUCAGGUCGCAGCAGCAGCUGACGUCAGCAAAAAGGAAAAGGAGCUGAAGAGACCUUCCUUUGUGGUUCGACCAGCGCCGCUUGAGGAGGACAUCAGCGAAAGCGACGACACUGACGCGCUGAGCAACGAGGACGGCGACGAAGAUGAGGACGAUGACGACGACGAAAAUGAAAAUGAAGAUAAUGAAAAUGCUGAUAAUGGUAACGAGGAUGAGGACGAAGAUGAGGACGACCAGGACGUGAACGAGGACGAACUGAGCGAGCAGCAACGAAAAGAGCGGGAAGAGCGGCGCCAGCGACGGGCGGCCAAGGAGGCGGAGCAGGCGGCCGCCCGAGAGGAGCGGUCGCGGAAGCGGGCCCGGGAGCGGAAGAUCAAGCGGGCGCUGCGGAAGUUUGCGCGGGACUUUCCUGCCAAUCUGGCGCUGGAGCGGGACGUGAUGCUGCCGGUGAUGCGCUGUCUGGGGCGGAAUGACCUGCUAAG